AUGGGGCGAGCCGACGACUUUGACAUUUCGAAGUUCAUGCUCGACAACGACCUGGCUGACGAUUUGAUCGGCCUAUCGUUGAUCAUCGUUGGCAGCGAUGCGUUUGCCAUUGAACGACAACGACUUCGAGGAACUAUCGACAACUGCCACAGCCUUCUGAGAAGCAAGCUAAUCCGCCAUCCACCCGCUCCAUCGCUGAAUCGUCUUCCACUGGAAGAGCUAAAUUCGUGGUUGACAGUCUCCGUAGAAUUGCCACAGAUGGACGUCAAUGUCUGCUGUCAGCAAGUUCGACAGAAAAACCAUCUGAAUUCUAGAGCCACCACGGUCUUCUUCGAUCCACUUGGUGCAGCCACCGUUUCCGCCUCAGCCACCGUAGUUCCACCAUCGCUAAUCCGCCAUCCACCCGCUCCAUCGCUGAAUCGUCUUCCACUGGAAGAGCUAAAUUCGUGGUUGACAGUCUCCGUAGAAUUGCCACAGAUGGACGUCAAUGUCUGUUGUCAGCAAGUUCGACAGAAAAUUCCCAUUCAAAGUCCGUCAUAUGUCAAUUACCAUCGUCAAGCCAGGACCCAUAUCGCUCUAAUGGACGAGCUCUACACCUUAGUGGCUUUGGAUGCGAGCACCUCAAUGCUUCACUGGAUGGUCGUUGAUAUUCCGUCGCAGGAACUUGCUUCAUCUCCAAAUGGGAUUACGGCUAACUACAUACCGUUUGCUCCUGAGAAGCCAGCCAGCUGCUCGCCUUUUGCGCUGUUUCUAUUCUCUCAACCGGCUUCGAUCAACACGAUCCCUAUGUACUGUGAUGGAGCGUGUGAGCUGCGAGGGAAAUUCAGGAUGGACGUCUUCAAGCAGCGCUAUAUGCUACGAUUGAGAGCGAUCUCAUGGAUCAGCGUAUGCUAUGAUCUGCCUUACGCAUAUCAUGUGAUAAGAGCCGCCAUGAACUCGACCACAAAUCAAGUGGAGAAGGGGAAUGCUAUAAUGACGUACGUUGGGAAGCCUCUGUGA